CACCACCACCACCGUCGACGCCGCCGCCACCGCCGCCACCAUGGCCACGGAUGACAAUACAGAGAACUCAACCCGUAACAGGACAGAGUACUCCAUGCUCUGCUACCCAGCCAUCAAGGCCACCUCCGCCGGUGUCUGGAUCGGCGACAACCCUCUAGAGUUUUCCUUCCCUCUCCUCAUCUACCAGAUCAUCAUCAUCUUCAUCUUCUCCCGCAUCACCCACUUCUUCCUCCGCCGCCUCUCCCAGCCCGUCGCCAUCUCCCAGAUCAUCGCCGGCGUGAUACUGGGCCCUUCCGUCCUGGGGCGCUACGGGAAGUUCGAGGACAUCCUCUUCAGCCCGCGGAGCUGGCAGCAGCUCAACACCGUCGCCCUCCUCUUCUUCAUGCUUUUCCUCUUCAUGAUCGGCGUCAAGACCGACCUCACCAUGAUUCCCAAGGCCGGCAAGAAGGCGGUUGCCAUCGCAAUCCUCUCGUCCGUCCUCCCUGCCGGCAUCAUCAUGCUCGUCGCCCACCUCCAGGGGCCCGACCUCCCCCUGAGCUUCCGGGAAGGCAGGAUCCCCAUCAAACUGGCCUCCAAGUGGUCCCGGACGUCCUACACCGUCCUCUCCUGCGCGCUCGCCGAGCUCGAGCUCCUCACCUCCAAGCUCGGCCGCCUGGCCAUGUCGGCGUCCCUCAUCAUCGACGUCGCCAGCCUGUUCGUCACCUCCGGCCUCGGCGGCUACCGGCUCUCCUCGAGGCUCGACAUGCCCGGGAAGGCGGCGAUCUCCAUCGCCUGCUUCUUCGGUUUCUUGUUCUUUGUCGUGUUCUUGGCACGGCCAUUCAUUGUAUGGCUGAUCCGGCGGAGGACGCCGGAAGGUGCGCUGCUCGACGAGGCGUGCUUCAUGACGGUUAUCUUUCUCGCGCUCGGCUGCGGGCUGAUCAGCGAGGUGAUCGGGUACCACGCGACCAUGGGGCCCUUCAUACUCGGGCUGGCGCUGCCGGGAGGGGCGCCUCUGGGGGUCACAGUGGUGGAGAAGAUGGACCGGCUGGUGACCGGGGUUUUCCUGCCGGUGUUCCUGGCCACGGCGGGGCUGCACAUGGACCUCCCCAAGCUGACGCUAUCGGGCUUCAACCAGUGGGGGCUGCUGGAAGCCUACAUCUUGAUCUUGACGCUGGCCAAGUUCAUCGGGGUGAUGCUGCCCUGCCUCUACUGCAAGAUGCCGCUGCGCGACGCCUUGUCCGUCGGCCUCAUGAUGAACGCCAGGGGUAUCUUUGAAGUCGAUACAGCCUUACAGUGGCGCGAUAGCAAGAGCGUGGAUGACCAACUCUACGCCGUACUCAUCCUCUCCAUCAUCAUCAUCGGCGGCGGCACCGCCCCCCUGCUGAAGUACCUGUACCACCCGGAGGACCGGUUCGUAGCCUACAAGCGGCGGACGGUCCAGCACUCGAAAAGCGGCGACGAGCUCCGGGUGCUGGUCUGCAUCCACAACCAGGACAAUGUGGCUCCCAUCAUCACCCUCCUGGAGACCUCCCACCCCAUCGUCGACUCCCCCAUCUGCGUCUACCUCCUCCACCUCGUGCAGCUCGUCGGCCGCGCCGACGCCAUCCUCGUCCCCCACAAGCGCCACCGGUCCUCCCACAUCACCGACAGCGACCGCAUCAUCAAUGCCUUCCGAUUCUUCGAGCAGCAGCACCCGUCCAGCGUCUCCCUCAUCCCCUACGUCUGCAUCUCCCCCUACGCCACCAUGCACGACGACAUCUGCUCCCUCGCCCUCGACAAGAAGGUCACCCUGGUCAUCCUCCCCUUCCACCGCAACGCCACCUUCGACGGCACCCUCGCGGCCGCCAACCCGGCCCUGCAGGCCAUCAACUGCAACGCGGUUCGCUACGCCCCCUGCUCCGUCGCCAUCCUUGUCGACCACGGCCUCACCGCCGCCGGCACCACCACGCAUGCCUUGGCCGGCGGCGCCCGCCCGCUGCAACGCAUCGCGGUCUACUUCCUCGGCGGGGCCGACGACCGGGAGGCGCUGGCGUACGCGGCGCGCAUGGCGGAGGACCCGGCGGUCGGGCUGACGGUGGUGCGCAUCCGGCCGCCGAUGGAGUGGAGGUGCGACGGGGGGAAGGACGAGCUGCUGGACGACGAGAUGGUAGACGAGUUCCGGCGUGAGAGGUUGGACGGGGAGAGAGUGCAGUACAGGGAGGAGGUGUCGAGGGACGGGGAGGAUACGGUGAGGGUGAUACAGGAGACGAGCGAUGGUUUCAGCCUGCUGCUGGUGGGGCGGAGGGAAGGCAUGGAGUCGCCGCUCACGGAUGGGAUGUCGAUGUGGAGCGAGUAUCCGGAGCUCGGGGUGAUCGGGGACCUGCUGGCGUCAACAGACUUCGGGGGGAGGGUGUCGACGCUGGUGGUGCAGCAGCAGACCAGGGUCAGGAGCACGCAGGCCGAGAGCCCCAUGGUGGCCAGAGCUCCGGGGAGCCAGGUAGCUCAGCUUAACCAGGAUUAGAGAGGGAAAGGAAAACCAAGCUUGGUUUUUCUCGUACUGUAUUGCUUUUUGUACUCCCGGUUUUGGAGGGUGUGUCCUAAAUUAUUUUGUAAACUAGCUAAUGGUGCUGUAAGUUCGUCCUCGAAACAAGGCUCUUUUCUGACCUCUCGGAUGGUUAAUCCAGAUCCACUGAAAGCAGGGCCAGAUCUUUGCACAAGAUCAAAAUUCAGGCAUCUUAAGUAUUUGGGAAGAAAAAGGUGCGAACUGAUUUAAAUACUAAAGCCAAUUUUGAAACAAAAACAAGAAGUUGGAUCCAAACAAACUUCCUGUCCUACUGCUUGAAAAGAAAUUAAAGAAGGAAAAGCAACAAAUUUCUUUCUACACAGACAGAAAUGGUCUGGUAACUCGGAAGCACCCUUUCCAAAGCCUUUCCAAGCAAACGAACACACCACAGAUGAAGCUAGAGGUCCACCUCAAUUACCCGUUCCCUGAUCCUGGUCUCCAAUAAAGAUAGUCCUCACUCCUCACUACAUCAAAGAUGGAUGGCCAUACAAAGAA